GCUCGAGUGCGAUUAGGCCGCUGUGUCACGUGGCCCGGCGGUUACCGCGGCGACCGAGCGGGCGCGCGCGGGACCUGCGCUGGACUCGCCUUCCUUCCCGAGCCGCGCUCGGCGCCGGGGCCGCGGGCAGCCCAUGGGAGCCCGGGGCGCCCAGGAUGCGGGCGCCGGCCAGGGAGCUCUUCCGGGACGCCGACUUCCCCGCCUCGGACUCCUCGCUGUUCUCCAGCUUCUCCACGCCGCUGGCCCAGUUCCGCGAGGACAUCACAUGGAGGCGGCCCCAGGAAAUCUGUGCCACGCCCCGGCUGUUUGCAGAUAACCCACAGGAGGGACAGGUGAAGCAAGGGCUGCUGGGAGACUGCUGGUUCCUGUGUGCCUGCGCCGCCCUGCAAAAGAGCCGGCACCUCCUGGACCAGGUCUUUCCUCCAGGACAGCCGAGCUGGCAUGACCACACAUACCGCGGCUCCUUCACCUGUCGAGUUUGGCAGUUUGGACGCUGGGUGGAGGUGACCAUAGAUGACCGUCUGCCUUGUCUUGCAGGGAGACUCUGCUUCUCCCGGUGUCAGAGAGAGGAUGUGUUCUGGCUUCCCUUACUGGAGAAGGUCUACGCCAAGGUCUAUGGGUCCUAUGAGCACCUGUGGGCAGGGCAGGUGGCGGAUGCCCUGGUGGACCUCACCGGGGGCCUGGCAGAAAGGUGGAGCCUGAAGGACUUGGCAGGAACCAGUGGCCAACAGGACAGGCCUGGCGGCUCAGAGCACAGGACUUGCCGACAGCUGCUCAGCCUCAAGGACCGGUGUCUGAUAAGCUGCUCGGUGCUCAGCCCCAGAGCAGGUGCCAGGGAGCUGGGGGAGUUUCAUGCCUUCAUUGUGUCCGAUCUGCGAGAGCUCCAGGGCCGGGCCGGCCAGAGCAUCCUGCUGCUGUGCAUUCAGAAUCCCUGGGGCCGGCGUUGCUGGCAGGGGCCCUGGAGAGAGGGGGGCGAAGGGUGGAGCCGGGUGGACCCAGCCGAUGAGUCUGAGUUGCUGUCCCAGCUGCAGGAAGGAGAGUUCUGGGUGGAGGAGGAGGAGUUCCUCCAGGAGUUUGACGAGGUCACCGUUGGCUUCCCAAUCACGGAGGCCGGCCACCUGCAGAGCCUCUACUCAGGAAAGGCGCUGUGCCACACUCAGGAGCUGCCUGGGGCCUGGGUCAAGGGGCAGUCGGCAGGAGGCUGUCGGAACAACAGCGGCUUUCCCAGCAACCCCAAGUUCUGGCUGCGGGUCUCAGAACCGAGCGAGGUGUUUGCCGCUGUCCUGCAGAGACCCAGGGUGUGCGCCGCGGGCCGGGCAGGCCGGGUUCGGGCUCCGGUGGGGGACGGACCUGCCACGAGGAGCCUGGCCAGCUUCCUGGGUGAGGACUACCAGGCCGUGGGCCUGCAUAUCUGGAAGGUGGAGAAGCGGCGGGUCAGCCUGCCCAGGGUCCUGUCCACGCCCCCCGUGGCCGGCACCGUGUGCCAUGCCUACGACCGGGAGGUCCACCUCCGCUGCGAACUCACGCCAGGCUACUACCUGGCCGUGCCCAGCACCUUCCUGAAGGACGUGCCGGGGCAGUUUCUGCUGCGGGUCUUCUCUAGCGGGAGAGUCUCCCUCAGUGCCAUCAAGCCGGCGGCCGGGAGCCCUGCCCCUGGGGAGGCCCUGCCCGCGGGCGAGUGGGAGACCGUGCAGCUGCGGGGCUCCUGGAGAACCGGCCAGACAGCCGGGGGCAGCAGGAACUUUGCCUCCUACCCGAGCAACCCCUGCUUCCCCCUGUCGGUCCCUGAGGGCCCAGGCCCCCGCUGUGUCCGUGUCACCCUGCGUCAACACUGCCAGGACACCCAGUGCCACCCCAUCGGCUUCCACGUCUUCCAGGUUCCGGUGGCCGGCGGGAGCCAGGGUGCGCCCGGCCUGCUGCUCCAGGAACCUGUCCUGAGCUGCGUGCCGCAUCGCUACGCCCAGGAAGUGAGCCGGCUCUGCCACCUGUCGGCAGGGACCUACCGGAUCGUGCCCUCCACCUACCUGCCGGACACAGAGGGGGCCUUCACGGUGACCAUCGCCACCAGGAUAGACAGGCGCUCCAUUCACAGCCAGGAGAGGCUGGGGCAGCUCCUUCAGGAGGCCUCCUUCAUGGCAGUUAGGAAAACCUAACCGGCUGACCCCCCCAUGUCAGCUCCGGCGACUGGGG